CGCGGGCCGCGCGGCCUGCCUCGGCUUUUCGCACACAACCUUCUGGGAGUAAAGGCGUGCGCCUGGCGGGGGCUCACGGAGGGAUUCGGCACCGGGACCGAAAUCCAGAUCCGGACAGAAAUAGAGAUCGGAAUCCAUCACGGGCCGUGCGGGCGGCUACCGGCUCCAGGUCGUGAGUCUCCGUCUCCCCUUGGGGGCGGGGUCGGAAGGGCCCUUCUCGCGCGAAGUGUCCGGCCCUGAGCGGAGCAUUUCGGGAGCGCGGCUAAGAUGGCGGAGCCCUUUGGGGAUGAGCUGUUCAGCGUGUUUGAGGAGGACGCGGCCGCUGCUGCUUCUGGCGCCAAGAAAAGUAAAACGGCCCCCGCCGAGGGUGCCAGGAGGCCGGGGAAACGAUUGGAAGAAAAACCUUCCAUACCAGCAAUAGUCAAGCCGAAGCGAGAAAUUGACAUUGAUAGUACUGAAAAUGUCAUUUUGGGAAAAAAAACAAAACUGGAAGAUGUUUUAUCAGAUGAUGUUAAUUUGACAGAUUUGAUGCCUCAAGUAAAGGUGCAGUCUGUGGAAACUGUUGAAGGUUGUACACAUGAGGUUGCGCUUCCAGCAAAUGAAGAAUUCACAGGUCUGAAGCCAAGAACUGGAAAAGCUGCAAAAGAAUAUCCAUUUAUUCUUGAUGCCUUCCAGAGAGAAGCUAUUCUUUGUGUAGAUAAUAACCAGUCUGUGUUAGUGUCAGCUCACACAUCAGCUGGUAAAACUGUUUGUGCUGAAUAUGCAAUUGCCCUGGCUUUGAGGGAGAAGCAGCGUGUGAUAUUUACAAGUCCAAUUAAAGCUUUGAGCAAUCAGAAGUAUCGUGAGAUGUAUGAAGAAUUUCAGGAUGUUGGUUUGAUGACUGGGGAUGUUACCAUUAAUCCUACAGCUUCUUGUUUGGUAAUGACAACUGAGAUCUUGAGAAGUAUGCUUUACAGAGGUUCUGAGGUUAUGCGUGAAGUUGCAUGGGUUAUUUUUGAUGAAAUUCACUACAUGAGAGAUACAGAACGUGGUGUGGUUUGGGAAGAGACUAUUAUUUUGCUUCCUGAUAAUGUACAUUAUGUGUUCCUUUCUGCAACUAUUCCAAAUGCCCGUCAGUUUGCUGAAUGGAUCUGCCAUCUUCACAAACAGCCUUGCCAUGUGAUUUACACUGACUAUCGACCCACUCCACUGCAGCAUUAUAUAUUUCCAGCAGGAGGAGAUGGACUCCAUCUGGUUGUUGAUGAAAAUGGAGAUUUCAGAGAAGAUAAUUUUAAUACAGCAAUGCAAGUGCUUAGAGAUGCAGGAGACUUAGCAAAAGGGGAUCAGAAAGGCAGGAAAGGAGGAACGAAAGGUCCUUCAAAUGUUUUUAAGAUUGUGAAGAUGAUCAUGGAAAGGAAUUUCCAACCUGUGAUUAUUUUCAGCUUCAGUAAGAAAGACUGUGAAGCCUAUGCACUUCAGAUGACAAAGUUAGAUUUCAAUACAGAUGAAGAAAAAAAAAUGGUUGAAGAAGUCUUCAAUAAUGCAAUUGAUUGUCUCUCAGAUGAAGACAAAAAGCUUCCUCAGGUUGAACAUGUGCUUCCCCUUCUGAAGCGAGGAAUUGGUAUUCAUCAUGGUGGUUUGCUUCCUAUCUUAAAAGAAACUAUAGAAAUCCUUUUCUCAGAGGGCCUAAUAAAGGCUUUAUUUGCAACAGAGACCUUUGCUAUGGGAAUUAAUAUGCCAGCCAGAACUGUGCUGUUCACAAGUGCCAGUAAAUUUGAUGGGAAAGAUUUCCGAUGGAUAUCCUCAGGUGAAUACAUUCAAAUGUCAGGUCGUGCAGGACGUCGAGGUAUGGAUGACAGAGGAAUAGUAAUUCUAAUGGUGGAUGAAAAAAUGAGUCCAACAAUUGGCAAGCAGCUUUUGAAGGGUUCAGCUGAUCCCUUAAACAGUGCAUUCCACCUGACAUACAACAUGGUAUUGAACUUGCUUCGAGUAGAGGAAAUUAACCCUGAAUACAUGUUAGAAAAAUCAUUUUAUCAGUUCCAACAUUACAGAACUAUUCCAGAAAUAGUGGAAAGAGUCAAUAAUUUGGAAGCACAGUACAACAAAAUUGUCAUUCCCAAUGAAGAAAAUGUGGUGAUAUACUACAGAAUCCGCCAGCAGCUUGCAAAACUGGGUAAAGAUAUUGAAGAAUAUAUUCACAAACCAAAGUACUGCUUGCCCUUUUUACAGCCAGGAAGACUGGUAAAGGUGAAGAAUGAAGGUGAUGACUAUGGAUGGGGAGUGGUUGUUAAUUUCUCUAAGAAAUCAAAUGUUAAGCCAAAUUCUGGUGAAUUGGACCCACUUUAUGUAGUUGAAGUGCUCCUGCACUGCAGCAAAGACAGUUUGAAAAAUUCUGCUACGGAGUCUGCAAAGCCAGCCAGACCUGAUGAGAGAGGAGAGAUGCAGGUUGUUCCUGUUUUGGUGCAUCUUGUCUCAGCUAUCAGCAGUGUCCGACUGUACAUACCUAAAGACUUGAGGCCUAUUGAUAACAGACAAAGUGUGUUAAAAUCUGUACAGGAAGUACAGAAACGGUUUCCUGAUGGAGUGCCCUUACUAGACCCUAUUGAUGACAUGGGCAUCAAAGACCAAGGGUUGAAAAAAGUAAUCCAAAAAAUAGAGGCAUUUGAGCAUAGGAUGUAUUCACAUCCUCUUCACAAUGAUCCAAACUUGGAAACCAUAUACAAACUUUGUGAAAAAAAAGCACAGAUUGCUAUGGAUAUUAAAGUAGCAAAGCGAGAAUUGAAGAAAGCCAGAACUGUCCUGCAAAUGGAUGAACUGAAAUGCCGCAAGCGUGUUUUGAGAAGACUGGGAUUUGCCACGUCUUCAGAUGUUAUUGAGAUGAAAGGACGGGUUGCUUGUGAAAUCAGCAGUGCUGAUGAACUACUUCUGACAGAAAUGAUGUUCAAUGGUCUCUUCAAUGACUUGUCUGCAGAACAGGCAACUGCACUACUCAGCUGUUUUGUGUUUCAAGAGAAUUCCAGUGAAAUGCCAAAAUUGACUGAGCAGUUGGCAGGACCACUUCGGCAAAUGCAGGAGUGUGCAAAAAGAAUCGCCAAGGUGUCAGCGGAAGCAAAACUGGAAACUGAUGAAGAAAAUUACUUGAAUUCUUUCAGACCCAACCUAAUGGAUGUUGUGUAUACAUGGGCAAAUGGAGCUAACUUUGCUCACAUCUGCAAAAUGACUGAUGUCUUUGAAGGCUGAACAACCCCAACUCUCUCAGCCUGUCCUCAAAGGAGACCUGUUCCAUCUCUGAUCAUCUGGGUGGCCCUCCUCUGGACUCGCUCCAACAGGUUGAUGUGCUUCCUGUGCUGGGGACCCCAGAGCUGGAUGCAGCACUGCAGGUGGGGUCUCAUGAGAGCAGAGGGGCAGAAUCACCUCUCUUGCCCUGCUGGCCACACUGCUUUGGAUAUAAUUGGCUUUCUGGGCUGCAGGUGCACACUGAUGGGUCAUACAGAACCUGUCAUCCAGCAGCACCCCCUCUCAUCAGGUCUGCUCUCAAGCCCUUCAUUCUGUAUUUUCCCAGUAACCGUUAUUUUGCCUACAGUAAUUUUGACUGUUGGAGAUGCUGCUGGAAAUGACCAAACAUGCUACUGUUUGCUUGUGGCCAGAAGAGCAGAAGCAUUUAGGGAUGUUUUGUGAAAUUUGUAACAGUGACUUGGGCUGAGCUGUGAGGAAAGUUCAAAGACAAGAUAAAUGAGUAAUAAAUCACAAGUGGGUGUUGGAUUGCAGUGUAGGAGCUGUGGCAAGAUUCUUGUGUGCAUUAUUGUAACCAUGCAAUGGAGUAGCAGAGUGGUCCGUGGAUUCUUGCAUAGCACAGCAGUAGUAGGAUAGAUCACUUGCUGUUUUACUGCUUUUGCCAAGUAAAGAACUAAGCCUUAUAAAAGCAAUCCCAAAAUAAACCUGUGGUAGUUCGUGAAGCAGCGAAGUUGUGAAUCUCCUAAUGCUCUGUGGUUUUUGAGGAAGUCUUAACAAGUACUUGAAAGAAAAAAUUGGCUAGGAAUUACUCAACAGCCCAGAGAGUAGUGUGAUUAGAUACUAGAGACUGUAAAGACAGUAGAAAGGACAAGCAUUUGGAAACAGCUUCAAGGCAAUGCCUCACAGAGAAAUUUACUGUGCAAACAGAAACUAAGUUUAAGACAUUUGGUUUCUAGAUAAAUUGAACAGGAUUGUAGAAGGAACAAUUACUUUGAAUAAUUUAGGACUAGUUACAUGAUGUGGCACAAAGUUUUCCCUUGCUUUUUC